UCCAGACCAGGGAGGAACAAAUUAAACCCCCCGAUUUGACGACAAUUCGGCGACUUUGAUUGAUUUUUGAGUUGACAGCAUGCUCUCGCGGGGACUGUGCCGAUUCGCCUCUGUGGAAACCAGGGGUCUGAUCUCACCCCACUAUGUCUCCGGUCGUCCCUCCAAGCUCUUCUACUGCAACCCCGCCAUCCUCAUCCCUUCAGCAGUACAGAGAUUCAGACCUUUCCACUCUACACCAUUUCGACCAAGCCAAUUGACCAAGAUGGCCGCCUCCAGAGAAUAUCCCCUCCUGUGUUUGGAGAACCCUCUCCUCGACAUUCAGGCCGUCGGAAACGAUGAGCUUCUCGCCAAGUACGGCCUCAAGCCCAACGACGCGAUCCUCGCCGAGGAGAACCACAAGCCGUUGUACGAGGAGCUGCUCAACAACUACGAGGCCAAGUUGAUUGCGGGUGGAGCGGCGCAAAACACCGCCCGCGGUGCGCAGUACCUUUUGCCAGACAACAGCGUCGUCUACCUGGGCGGCGUCGGCGACGACAAGUACGCCGCCAUCCUGCACGAUGCCGUCAAGAAGGCGGGCCUGCGCGUCGAGUACCGUGUCGAGCCCUCGCAGCCCACCGGCCGCUGCGGUGUUGUCAUCACCGGCCACAACAGGAGCAUGUGCACCGAUCUUGGCGCCGCCAACCAUUAUGGCCUGGAUCACCUGAAGAAGCCCGAGAUCUGGAGCCUGGUCGAGAACGCUGAGGUGUACUACAUUGGCGGAUACCACUUCACGGUGUGCCCUCCCGCGAUCAUGGAGCUCGCCAAGGAGGCCGCCGCCAAGAACAAGACCUUCGUGCUCUCCCUCUCGGCACCCUUCAUUGCCCAGUUCUUCAAGGAGCCCCUGGACGCCAGCGCCCCGUACUGGGACUACAUCAUCGGCAACGAGACCGAGGCCGAGACAUGGGCCGAGGCGCAGGGCCACGCGACAAAGGACCUGAAGGAGAUCGCCAAGCUCAUGGCCAACCUGCCCAAGGAGAACAAGCAGCGCAAGCGUGUCGCCAUCAUCACGCACGGCACCGAGCCCACCCUCGUCGCCGUCCAGGGCGAGGACGCCGUCAAGGAGUACCCGGUGCACCCGAUCGACAAGGCCUUGAUCAACGAUACGAAUGGUGCCGGUGACGCCUUUGCUGGUGGUCUCUGCGCUGGUAUCGUGCAGGGCAAGAGCCUCGAGGAGUCUAUCCACAUGGGCCAGUGGCUCGCUAAGCUCAGCAUCCAAGAGCUGGGUCCUUCAUUCCCCUUCCCCAAGAAGGCCUACGAAGCAGGCUCGCACUAAGUUUGCUCAUGACACGUUUGUAUUUGCUUUCCUAUAGAGAGAUAGGCUCCGAUUUGAGGGACAGGCGUCCAGUGUUUUUCAAAGGGAGGGGUAAAAGCUCAUGGUUUCAACAACGGUAGUUUUGCAUGUGCCGGGAAGAGCGAAGCGUGUCGCUUGAUCUCAGAAUUCAACUUGAUGAUUCCCCCAUUUGACAGGUCGAGAUGACUUGUAAAUAGCGAGCUCCGUCGUCCCAGACAGAAAGAAUCGAAUUUCCCCAACGGAGGAAGCCCCUCCACUUGCAUCGAACUCAAACAGAGAGACUUCUGCAGUCACACAACGAAACAUGCUCCAGGGCCUGGUCUUGAGAUCAGUUGAGAUCUCGAGGGCGCUGAGCAUCCGUUUCCAAAUUGCAUAUCCAGUGACAAGAUAUCGCAGGGCACUUAGCAUCUCUUGGGCCUGAACAAGGCAGCAAGCCAAACCCAGCGCAAAUUGUCUCUCAAUGCCAUUUUGAGGUCUCGGGCAUUGCCGUGAUUGGUUUAUCAUCUCUUGGGCUUUGGAUGAUCAUCAGCGAGCGCGCUCUGGAAUGUCAUCUGAUCAUGCGCAUCAACUUGCUGGACUCCAGCUGCCAUCGCAGUGCCCUUCAUGGCAUUGCGGAAGUGCGUUGGGUCGUCCUUCGUUACAAUGUCACCUCGUCCGUAUGCUGUAGUCGCAUCAAAAACGUGGCCAUCGCUCGCCGUGCCGAAGUUGUUGGGCUGGUGAUACUGGGCCCAAUUGCUCGGUUGUGCACCGUAGGUCUGGUAGUUAGCAAGAGCAUCUCGCUGACCAAGACCGCGCUCGGGACUCGCUCCAG